CGGCCGGUUCGGCUGCGGUCACACUAGCAAUAAAAACCUUGCGAAGCGUAUGAAUUUUGAAAUUGCAAGCAAACAACAGGAAAAUCGUGCAGGAUGCAGCGCGAAAUAGCGCACAAUUUGUACAGCGGGGAGCAGCGCAGCAGUGAUGUGGCACCUGGACAGGUGAAAACAUUCGGGGAACUGCAUCUAAGCCGCGAAAUGAUGCGCGGACUGAAGCGCCACAAUUUUGUGACGCCAACGAAGAUUCAGGCGGCUGCCAUUCCCAUGGCACUGAGUAACAUUGAUCUGCUGGUUCAGUCCAAAAGUGGAACCGGCAAGACCCUUAUUUAUGUGAUUGCCGCCAUGCAGGGCUUCCAUCGCACCAUGACACGACCACAUGCCCUGAUUGUGGUGCCCACUCGUGAAUUGGCCAUCCAGGUGGAGGACACAUUCCGCUUCCUGUGCGAAUAUUAUCAGGACUUUAAGCCAACGUCCUUUAUAGGUGGCACCGAAGUGGCCAAAGACCGCAGGCGCAUAAUGAAGAGUCAGGUUAUUAUUGGAACACCAGGUCGGCUAUUGCAUCUCUAUGAAAAUCGCGUGCUGGAUGUCUCAAAACUCGGACUUCUUGUGCUCGACGAGGCCGAUCAGCUAUAUCAAACUAAGGGCCUUCAAGGAGCGGUCAAUCAACUCAUACAGGUCCUGCCCAAAACUCGUCAAACAAUCGCCUGCAGUGCCACUUACGAUCAGGAUUUAGAUGUGCGUCUGGCCAAGAUUAUGAAUCAGCCCAUGCUUAUAUCGAAUAGCGAAAGGGCCACAGUGCUCCUGGGCAUUCGUCAGUUUGUGUACGAGUUGCCUCCACAAAGAAACAGCGCGGAGGAGAUGCGUCUAAAACUGAAGAUUUUAGCCGAGAUCUUUAGCCAGUUGCCUUACGAACAGGCCGUGCUCUUUGCCAGCUCCCAAAUGCGAGCGGAUUCGUACAAAAACUACCUGACAGCCAGCGGUGUCGAGUGUCAUUUGAUCUCGGGAGCCAUGGCACAAUCGGAGCGUUUGAAUGUCUUCGAGGGCUAUAGAAACUUCACCAUGCGCACAUUGGUGGCCACUGAUUUAAUGGCCCGCGGUGUGGACUCGCCGCAUGCCAAUCUGGUCAUAAAUCUCGAUCCGCCACAGGAUCAUGUGACCUACUUGCAUCGCAUUGGACGUGCUGGGAGAUUUGGAUCGAAAGGCAUAGCCAUUACUUUUGUUGCCUCCCAGAAGCAGAGUCAGAAAUUCAAGCAAAUGUCCCACAAAAUCGCUACUGCUUGGUCUGUUCUAGAGUUCCCCAAGGAACCAGUGGGCAAGAACUUCAAUUUUUGGGAUUUCGAUAAGUACAAUUUUGAUUAUUUUAUAAAAGAGACAAAUCCACAAGAAGAAAUGCCUCUGAAGCAUACACAACCGGAUGUAAAAGGAAAGGAUGCCCCAAACAAGGAGAAAAAUCUGGACAAUUCGGAAGAUUCAACCACAAAACAAGCUGAGGCCUUAAAAAAUUCUGAAAAGGGGAACGAAUGUAUUAAGAAGCCUAACAACUUGGAGAAUGUUUCAGAUACAUCACUUGUUGUUUCCAAAACUAUACCAGAGGCAUUAGAAAACGUUGUUAUUUCCUGUGAUCAAUUGCAUGAAGCAGUUAAAGAUAAUAAGCAGAAAAUGUCCAAUGCUCAAAUUAAACAAAAUAAACUAGACUUGGAUAUCGCACCAGGUACUUCACAAAAAAAUAUGAAUCGUAACAUGAAAGAACUAAAAGAAGGAGAAACCUUAAACCACAAAGACUCUGCAAUGAAAAAGCAAGAAAAAGCCAAGCAGUCUAUUACCAAAAGCAAACUUUUUGUAGAUGCUGUAUCACAGAUUGAAAAGCAAACAUCUAAUACAGAAAAUCACGAAAUGCAACCAACACCAGUGAUCACAGUGAAUGAGUAUUACAUAGACAACUACAUUGAUGAAAGCAUGGAACCAACAGACGACAAGGAAAAUAAACCUAAUAAUGGAGCAGGCAUUGAACUUCAGACAAAGAAUACCUUAAACGCGGAAGAAUUGAUUUCCCCCGAACUGACAGCAACCCUAACACCACUUGACUUAACUCAGGAGCCAUCGCCAUCCACUGUGACGCCACCUGCACCACCAGUCAACUCGAUUAACAACAAGACCUACUGUCUGGCUGCUCCCACUCAGACCAGUUCGAUGACCAUACAGAACAUGGUUAUAUCAAACACGGUGGACGAUGCCAGUAGCAUUAGUUCGGAUAGCAUGGGAUGUGGCUAUCAAAGUGACAAAUCCUACGACACCAUCUAUACAACCAGUGAUGAGGAUUUAAUCUGGGAGAGAUUGCAGACUAAAAAGAAGCGUUGUUCAAAGAAAGGAAAGGGCAAACGCCGUAUGUUUAUCUGCAAACCACCACAGCUUAAAUCGAAUUUAUAUCUGAAAGAUACAGAUAAUCGUUAUUUGAAACAAAAGAUUUCCCCCGCAGAUAAAAAUCUAUCACUUUUGCCAGGUAUUAACCAAAAUUAUAUGCUCAAGAAAAUGAAAAAUCGUGAGAGCAUCUUAAAACGCAUUUACAACUACAGCAAGGAACAUAAGAUGGACAACGCUGAAGUUGCCAUCUUGAUGGAUAGUCUCUAUGACGCCAUGAUCGAACUGUACUACAGUAGAAAUGAGGACAAAAAGCUAAUAUCUGAGUCGCUGAAUGAGGAAUUAGUUUCCCUUGUAAAUAGCCCGAGUCAGGAGUCCAUAAUAUUGGAGAAGCCAACAGCGCAGAACACUAGUGUUCAUGUGACCCAUCAGAUGGACAUUCCACCUCUGCCACAAGCCAAUGAUGAAGUGGCCCCUGGAAGUGGAUCCGAAUCGGAGGCCUCCACGGAGACCAUCUUCAUCGAAGAUGAUGAGGACGAUGAGAGUGAUCAACCCAAUUCAUCGAGUGGUUUUGUGGAGAGCAACGAGAGUGCUUCGUCCGGGAUUGAUACAUCAGUUUACGAUACUAGUUCCACUGGCUCCUCGCUUGAGGAAUAUGAAUAUGAAUCGGAUGAGGAGAACUAUAGCGUUAAUAAUUCCUCAGAGGAAGAAUACGAUCAUGAGGGAGAAGAUUACGACUUGGAGUCCAUCGGAGAAGAACAGGACGACGAGGCUGUGAGUAACGUCAGCUUGGCUGGAACAAGCUCUGAGGGAUCUGCGGGAGAAAGCAGCAGCAGUGAAUCGGAUAAGUCGGAUGACGGUUCAGAUACCCUGACUGAUGGUAAUCCAUUGCACAACGUAACACACGAUGCCCAAUCUCAGUGGGUGCAGACUUUCAAUGCGCAGUACCAAUUCAUUGCCUCUUAUGUGGCCAGCCACAUUAAAAACUAUAACUAAAUUGCUAUGGAAGCAAAACUAGUCGAAGCUCAGGCAUUAUAAUUAAUUACUCAUUCGCAAACGAAACGGAUCAGUUCCAAGAGGCUGUAUCAGUCUCUCUCUUUCUCUCUUUACAUCCUUAUAUCUUAGCCUGUUAACACUUUUUCUUUCAUUUAAAUACUCUAUAUCAAUAUAGUUGAUACCAUGUUAUGGAUUUUGGAAUACAAUCGAGGAAUGUUUUAAAUGCAAACAAUAAAUGGCAGUCUUUGUUACCAAAAAGAAAUGAA